AUAAAUGGGAGCAGGCUCUGGGACCGAAGUAUGAAGUUCUGGUGGUGCACUUGGAUCCUGUUAUUGAAGAUGAUGCAGAGCUGCAGAAAUCCUCUAAGCUGCUGCCCGUCCACAUGCUGCGUCUCGGUGUGGAGUUGGACUCAUUCGAUGGUCAUCACUACAUCUCCUCUCUGGCCUCUGGAGGCCCCGUCGACAAACACGGAGUCUUGAGACCAGAGGACGAGCUCCUCGAGGUGAACGAUGUUCAGCUGUACGGGAAGUCCCGUCGCGAGGUGGUGUCCUUCCUCAAAGAGGUUCCUCCUCCGUUCACUCUGGUCUGCUGCCGACACCCGACCUCUGACCUGGAACCAGACCCAGAGUCCGAAUCAGAACCAGAACCUGAACCAGCACUUCGACUUGGACCUGUUAGACAGGCACAGCCCAGUGUGGAUGAGAUCGAGCUGAAGCUGUCGUCGAUGCUCUGCAGUCAGACGGAGCUGAAGGAGAGCGACAGGGACCAGCAGGUGGUCCAACAGCAGGUAGAGGAGGUGCUGCUGAAGGAGGAGAGGAGUCCUCACAGGCAGCAGCAGGAAGAUGAUGAGGAGGAUGAAGAUGAUGGGGAGCUGGCUCUGUGGUCUCCUGACGUUCAGGUGUUGGAGCUUCAGAAGGAGAGAGACAAAGGCCUCGGCUUCAGCAUCCUGGAUUAUCAGGACCCCGUGGACGCCGGGCGCUGUGUGAUGGUGGUGCGCUCUCUGGUCCCCGGCAGUCCGGCCGAGCGUCACGGGGGUCUACUUCCUGGAGACCAGCUGGUGUCAGUGAACCAGACUCAGGUGGACCUGCUGACCCUGAACGAGGCCGUCGAGGUCCUGAAGGCCGCCCCAUCUGGAACCGUGCGGCUCGGCAUCCGGAAACCUCUGGUGGUGGACGGAGUGGACAGGAGGACAGAGGACUGCAGCCAGGAGUCCCCAAGCAACACACACCUGCCCGUACCAAAG